CCCCCCGCCGCCAUCUUGCCUCUCCCAGCCUGCCUGAAGCUGAGCACCGCGGAAGAGGAAACGGUUCUGUGCGGGCUCACGGUUCCUCCUGUGGACGGCUUGCCACAUCCUCCAGCCGACACAGCCGAUUCUUCCCCACCAGAACCUACCGUCUCUCCAGCAGCAGAGACCCGGGACCAGAGAUGGCUGGACGGUUACCGGCGUGUGUUGUGGACUGCGGCACAGGAUACACCAAACUGGGCUACGCAGGAAACACAGAACCUCAGUUCAUCAUUCCAUCAUGUAUUUCCAUCAAAGAAUCGGCCAAAGUGGGAGAUCAGGCCCAGAGGAGGAUGAUGAAGGGGGUGGAUGACCUGGACUUCUACAUCGGCGACGAAGCCAUCGACAAACCCACCUACUCUACAAAGUGGCCGAUUCGUCACGGGAUUGUGGAGGACUGGGACCUCAUGGAGCGCUUCAUGGAACAGAUCAUCUUCAAGUACCUGCGGGCUGAGCCUGAGGACCACUACUUCCUCCUGACGGAGCCUCCGCUGAACACACCAGAAAACCGAGAGUACACGGCAGAGAUCAUGUUCGAGUCUUUCAACGUACCGGGGCUGUACAUCGCCGUGCAGGCCGUGCUCGCCCUCGCCGCCUCCUGGACGUCCCGACAGGUGGGGGAACGGACGCUCACAGGAACCGUCAUCGACAGCGGAGACGGCGUCACUCACGUGAUCCCCGUGGCCGAAGGCUACGUGAUCGGCAGCUGCAUAAAGCACAUCCCCAUCGCCGGACGGGACAUCACCUACUUCACCCAGCAGCUCCUCAGGGAGCGGGAGGUGGGAAUCCCCCCUGAGCAGUCGCUGGAGACGGCCAAGGCUGUGAAGGAGCGCUUCAGCUACGUCUGUCCAGAUUUAGUCAAAGAGUUCCAGAAGUACGACACGGACGGCACCAAGUGGAUCAAGCAGUACACCGGCAUCAACGCCAUCAGCAAGAAGGAGUUCACCAUCGACGUGGGCUACGAGCGCUUCCUGGGGCCGGAGAUCUUCUUCCAUCCAGAGUUUGCUAACCCAGACUUCACCCAGCCCAUCUCUGAGGUGGUGGACGAGGUCAUCCAGAACUGUCCCAUCGAUGUCCGACGUCCUCUCUACAAGAACGUCGUCCUGUCCGGAGGCUCCACCAUGUUCAGGGACUUCGGCCGCCGCCUGCAGAGAGACCUGAAGAGGACGGUGGACGCUCGGCUGAAGCUGAGCGAGGAGCUGAGUGGAGGCAAACUGAAGCCCAAACCGAUCGACGUGCAGGUCGUCACUCAUCACAUGCAGAGAUACGCCGUGUGGUUCGGUGGAUCAAUGUUAGCAUCAACCCCCGAGUUUUACCAGGUGUGUCACACCAAGAAGGACUACGAGGAGAUCGGGCCGAGCAUCUGCCGCCACAACCCCGUGUUCGGCGUCAUGUCUUAACUUCUGGGCCCGGCGAAGUCGGAGCAGCAGCAGCAGCGAGACGCUUUGGAGUUCUCCUUCAGGAUGUUCGUGACAAGAAGGCGAUCCAGACAAUUUGAAAAUAAUAAAAAGUCAAAAGAGAGCAGAACAAACGGAUGGGCUGGGAAUUUGAUGUGAAUGUUUUUUUUUGUUUUUAUUUUCAAAGUGAGGGAACACGGUUUGUAAUCCAGAAGUUUCAGAACAUUUCAGGUUCUUUAGGUGAUGAUCAAGAUGCUGUUAAUACGUUUUAUAACAUCAGAACAGAUUAUUUAUGACUCCUGCUUUACGUCUCUUUAUUCAUUAAUUAAUUAGAAACGUUUCUCUUAUUUCGCUUCUGUUUCUGCUUAUGUCUGUAACCUGUUAGUUUGUUUAUAUUUCAUACAAAGGUUUUUCCUAUUUGUAAAAUGUUGGUGACUCCGGUGAAACCCGUUAACGGUUUCGGAUGCAGCUUUGAGGUUUUUCUUUCAGUUUAAGGUUUUAUUUCCCACGUUUCAUAAAUCAAUCUGCUUUCACCUCAAACCGUCGACACGCAGUGGAACAAAC